AUGAAUACAAAUAAUAAUAAUAAUACUGCAACUACAGCAAAUAAUUUACCACCAUCAACAUAUACACCAAAUAAUAAUGAAUCAAGACCAAAAGAUAAAACCAUAUCAAUAUUAAUUGUUAGCGAUAUCCAUUUAUCAUUUAAUAACAUUAAAAGAUUAAAUAAAGAAAUGGUUGAUAAUAAUAAAAAUAUUGAUCUUAUCAUAUGUUCAGGUGAUGUUUGUAACUUUGAUCCUGUAGAUUCAGAAGAUUUACUUAAAGUAUCAGCAUGCGAAGGUGAAAUGAGUAAUAUUUACACAUAUUUGCAUAAUAUCCAUAAAAACAUUAUCUAUAUUCCAGGUAACCACGAUGCAAAAACAACUCUAUUAUUCCCAAAGGGCGGAUCUCCACCAAAAUUAACUACACAUUCAAAUAAUAUCCACAAAAACUCAUACAGAUUAGAUGACGAUUUAGUUUUAGUUGGAUUGGGAGGAAGUUUACCAUCAAUUCGUAAUAAUGAAAAUCAUUGGGCUGGAUAUCCAUAUCAAACCGAACAGGAGGUUGAAACCGAUCUAACAGAAACUUUUGAAGCUUCUAAACAACAACAAACAAUAAAUUCAAAAAGCCCAUUAAAGACAAAUGAUAAAAUAGUUUUAUUAACUCAUAUGGGACCAUACAAUUCAAGUACUACUAUUGACCAAAUUGAAUGCAAAGAUGCUGAAAUAUAUUCUGGUAGUAAAUCAAUUAAUAAAUUUAUUUUAGAAAAUCAAAGUCAAAUAUUUUUAAAUAUCCAUGGUCAUACACACCAUGCUACCGGUAUGGCUAGAGUUGGCAAAACCUAUGUGGUUAAUCCAGGUUCAGUUAGAUCUGGUCAUUAUGUAAUUUUAACUUUAGAAAAAUACUGUGGACAAUUAUGGAGAACCAAAUCAACCGAAUUCUUCAAAUUAUAA